AAAGAACAACACAUCUACUAUUAAUCUAGUAGUCUCCAUUCUCCACAUUAUCACUCUUUUUAAUAAUCAAAAUCGUCUUUCUUCUCCAAAGAAGACCUCCCAACACAUUAGAGUUUGUGAAAAGAUAUGACAAGUGAAGCACCAAGUUGGGCGGAUCAAUGGGGAACGGGAGGGAUCGGAGAGAUGCCGGAGGAAGAUAACACCAAAAGUGCCGACGGCAAGAAGUCCGGCAAUACCAAAUCCAAGAUUGUUGACUUCAUAAGUUUCAAGUGGAUGAAGAAUCUUGUGCCCAAGAAGAAGAAGACAAAAGACUCUGAUUCUUGAAAAUUAAAAGAAAGACAACAAUUUCUAUGUAUUCAUUUUUUCUUUCUUCUGAAGAUAUCAAUCUAUCAUCGUAUUUGUUUAUUUUCAUCUCGAGAUUCAUGUGAGUUAUGCAUCCCACGAUUGAAAGCUUUUAUUUUAUUUUUUUGUUUGUUUUAUAUGACAUGGCUCAAAUCUUCUUCAAAAUAAAAUGUUAUAUUUUCAUAACAAGUAGGCUGCAUUUAUAACUCUUUUUUUCUUGUU